CGAGGAGCGGCGGGAGGGUGCUGGCGGAGAAGAGGAGGAGGAGGAGGUAACCGGGGGGUCCGGGGCAGAGGCGGGCUGCGGAGCCAGGCGCAACGCUCGCUCCUCGCCUGCCUGGGGGAGCGGUGACACGGAGGGGCUCCCCCGGCCCCUCCGCCCUGGGGACGGGUUUCAGGCCGCCGGGCGGAGAGCAGAGAGCCGCAGCCUUCCCGGCCCCGCGGCGGCCACCCCGGGCGGGCGGGGAGCCCGCAGGCCGCCCGCCGCUGAGAUCAACACUAGGAGCCUUGAGGAUAUGUUUGACUAGCAGCCACAGUCAAGCACUCACGAUGUGAGAAGGGGGAAGGAGAAAAAAAAAAAAAAGACCUGGGUCAGCAGUACAAACGGGGAAAUGACACCAGCAUGGUGGUGAGACUGAGGAUUUCUGCUUCGCUGCGUUCCUCUUGCUGAUGACCGUGUUCCUGUUUGAUCCUGUUUACAAGCUUCCGAAGAUUGAAAAUAAUCCCAACUCCUCUGCACUGGUGUUGGAAGCAGAAGAAAAUAAAAAGAAGAGGAGUUGAAAAUUUAAGCUGGGAGACUUGGCAGCUAAUUCAGAGACAGCAGGUGCAUAAGCAGCCCCUUGGAAAGAGGACCAAGUGUAGUUUGUGACAGAAUUGAGUGGAGAUGAUCCCAAGCUGAAAGUCAAAAGAGGAUCUUCUAAGUUCACCGAGUUACCUGUCAUUUUGUUCCAGCGCCUAACACAGGAUGUCUUCCAAGCGACCAGCCUCUCCGUAUGGGGAAGCAGAUGGAGAGGUAGCCAUGGUGACAAGCAGACAGAAAGUGGGAGAAGAGGAGAGUGACGGGCUCCCAGCCUUUCACCUUCCCUUGCAUGUGAGUUUUCCCAACAAGCCUCACUCUGAGGAAUUUCAGCCAGUUUCUCUGCUGACGCAAGAGAACUGUGGCCAUAGGACUCCCACUUCUCAGCACAACACAAUGGAAGUUGAUGGCAAUAAAGUGAUGUCUUCAUUUGCCCCGCACAACUCAUCUACCUCACCCUUGAAGGCAGAAGAAGGUGGGCGUCAGAGUGGAGAAUCAUUGUCCAGCACAGCCCUGGGAACCCCUGAAAGGCGCAAAGGGAGCCUAGCGGAUGUUGUAGACACCCUUAAGCAAAGAAAAAUGGAAGAGCUCAUCAAAAAUGAGCCAGAAGAACAAUUAGACAAGAGAAGGAAACAGAAGGAAAAAUGCCAGCCUCUCCACUUGCCAAAAGAAUUGUCCCAUUCCUCUCUUCUGUUCAGAGAAACUCCCAGUAUUGAAAAGCUACUAUCAAAGGACUGGAAAGACAAGCUUCUUGCCAUGGGAUCAGGGAACUUUGGAGAAAUAAAAGGGACUCCAGAAAGCCUCGCUGAGAAGGAAAGGCAGCUCAUGGGUAUGAUCAAUCAGCUGACCAGUUUGCGAGAACAGCUGCUCGCAGCUCAUGAUGAACAGAAGAAACUGGCUGCAUCGCAGAUCGAGAAACAACGCCAACAAAUGGAGCUGGCUAAGCAGCAACAAGAACAGAUUGCAAGACAACAGCAGCAGCUCCUGCAGCAGCAACACAAAAUUAACCUUCUUCAGCAACAGAUCCAGCAGGUCCAGGGUCAGCUGCCUCCAUUAAUGAUUCCCGUAUUCCCUCCAGACCAACGAACCCUAGCAGCAGCUGCACAGCAAGGAUUCCUUCUUCCUCCUGGUUUCAGCUACAAAGCGGGAUGCAGUGACCCUUACCCUGUUCAGCUGAUCCCAACUACCAUGGCAGCUGCUGCCGCAGCAACACCAGGCUUAGGCCCACUCCAACUGCAGCAGUUGUAUGCUGCCCAACUUGCUGCGAUGCAAGUGUCUCCGGGAGGCAAGAUACCUGGCAUACCCCAGGGUAACCUUGGUGCUGCUGUAUCCCCUACCAGCAUCCACACAGACAAGAGCACAAACAGCCCUCCACCCAAAAGCAAGGAUGAAGUGGCCCAGCCUCUGAACCUUUCAGCCAAACCCAAGACAUCUGAUGGCAAGUCUCCCACAUCACCCACCUCCCCUCACAUGCCAGCUCUGAGAAUAAAUAGCGGGGCCAGUUCACUAAAAUCCUCCGUGCCAGCAACAUUAGCUAGUCCUUCGGCCAGAGCUAACACAAUAGAUAUCCUUUCUUCUAUCACGUCGUCAGGUUAUUUAAAUGACCACGAUGCUGUUACCAAGGCAAUCCAGGAGGCCCGACAGAUGAAGGAGCAACUUCGGAGGGAACAACAGGUGCUGGAUGGGAAGGUGGCCGUUGUGAAUAGCCUGGGUCUCAAUAACUGCAGGACAGAAAAGGACAAAACAACACUGGAGACCCUGACUCAGCAACUGGCAGUAAAACAGGGCGAAGACGGGAAGUUUAGCCACGCAAUGAUGGAUUUCAACAUGAGUGGAGAUUCUGACGGAAGUGCGGGAGUUUCAGAGUCUAGAAUUUAUCGGGAAUCCAGAGGGCGUGGUAGCAAUGAGCCCCAUAUCAAGCGCCCGAUGAAUGCAUUCAUGGUGUGGGCUAAAGAUGAACGGAGGAAGAUCCUUCAAGCCUUCCCUGACAUGCACAACUCCAAUAUCAGCAAGAUACUAGGAUCUCGCUGGAAAGCUAUGACAAACUUAGAGAAGCAGCCAUACUAUGAGGAACAGGCGCGACUCAGCAAGCAGCACCUGGAGAAAUACCCAGACUACAAAUACAAGCCAAGGCCGAAGCGUACCUGCCUUGUAGAUGGCAAAAAAUUACGCAUCGGCGAGUACAAGGCUAUCAUGCGCAACAGACGCCAGGAGAUGAGGCAGUAUUUUAAUGUUGGGCAACAAGCACAGAUACCCAUUGCCACCGCGGGCGUAGUUUACCCAGGAGCCAUUGCCAUGGCAGGAAUGCCUUCCCCACAUCUGCCCUCCGAGCACUCGAGCGUGUCCAGCAGCCCGGAGCCUGGGAUGCCCGUCAUCCAGAGCACUUACGGCAUCAAAGGCGAGGAGCCUCAUAUCAAGGAAGAGAUGCAGACCGAUGACGUCAAUGGAGAAAUCUACGAUGAAUACGAUGAGGAAGAAGAUGACCCCGAUGCGGACUAUGGCAGUGACAGUGAAAAUCACAUUGCGGGGCAAGCCAACUGAUCAGGGUCCAAAUAUCUUGUGACCUACAGGACUUCAAGGAGGAAAGAAAAAAUAAAUAAAGCCCCAUCUGGUUUAUCCUUGCCAGUGGCCAAGCACAUUAACUUUCUCAUACACUGACUGUUACUUUAACUGUUAGUCUUAACUAGUUGGGACAUCAGCUGACUAAUAGACAUCAGCCUGCAUCAGAAGAAAAAAAGGCUCAGAAGAAAGGAAACAAAGACAACGACGACAACAACAACAGAAUGAUAUAAGCUAUGGGUAAAAUAAUGCCAGUAAUUCAGCUGCUAUACCCAAGCACUGAAGUCUUACCCGUCGACCUUUUAUUAUUAUUAUUUUUUUUUCAAAUAAACUUUAUGGCUGUUUGUUCUACAAUGUUCUAGAAAUUCUCACUCAGGUACACAGUGCCAACAAGUGGCUUGUGAAUGUGUUUUGUUGUUUUGUGCUACAGUUUAAAGAGAAAUAAUUUUUUUUUUUUUGGUAAUGCACCUGACAGGAAAGAAAAAAGAUAAAAUUCCUUUGACCCCCUCUGUCUCCUCCUCCUCCUCCUCCUCCUCCCUGGCAAAUCUGGGUCAGAAGUGUGUGUGUGUGUGCGUGCGUGCCUGUGCGCGUGGCUGGCAAGGAAGGAAGUGGGGAGUCUCUUUCUGUUAACCCCAACAAGCAAUUAUUUCCUUUAAAGAGAGGACUUCUCUUCAUCAGUUGCACACCAUACCGAGUCUUUGAGCAAGUGCCAAAUUUGUACUAAAGCGCUGAAGUAGUCCAAUUUGCUUUUGUUUUGGUUGGUCUCUUCUUGUUUUGUUUUUCUUCUGCUUUUCUUUUGCUUCCUGCUCUGUCUGAAGUUAGGACAGUGUUGUAUCUUAGACAAUCCCUUGAAGAACCUGAUAUACCAGCAGCUGGUGAGAUUAGACGUAUAUUUUUGGGUUUGGUUUUGCUUUUUAAAGGAAACUGUAGGUGCCGUUCUCAGGUGAAAAAAGAGAGAGAGAGAGAGAGACAUAAGAAAUUUAGAGAAAAAAUAUUUUAUGAUCUUGGAUUUUCAUGUGUGCGUGUUUAUGGUACUAAUAAGAAUAAUAGUGGACUAUUGCGAGCAAAAAGCAUGUUCCAGAACGAAGUCCCGCACCCUCCAAAUGACUUGGUCUGUAAGGAGCCUUUGCUUUUAAUUUACACUUCAAGUGGCAUCAUAUACAACAUAAAAAAGGCUUGUCCAAAAUGUGAUUUCUUCAGGACAGGGCAACUGGAAGUGUUACCUCCUCGCUGAGCGUAAUUAGGUUACCAUGAUGUCCAGUUUUAAUGAACUUGUACCUUCAGGGUGGCUGAGUACCAAUCUCUGAUUCAAAAGGCGAUUUUUUUUUUUAACUGACUUUUUUUCUCCUUUGCACUUGCAGAAAUCCUUUUUUAUCAGUGGGAUGUUUGUGUAGGAAGGAAGACUAAUAGGUAUGAAGAGAUUUCCACAUUCAAAGUGGGCACGUAAGAACCCGAACCUUUGCAGUGCCGAGUUUCCCUAGCUGCUGCCUCUCACAAGUGAAAAAUUGUUCUCCUGGGCUAAAAUAUUUUCAGCGUUGUUCUAGGGCCCUUAGAUAUGUUGCUUGGGCACUUUUGUCUCCUUUGGGCGACAGCAACCAGGUGUGGAAGGUGGAUUUCCACAAGCGUAGUCCUGAGCAGAAGUUAGCUUCUCGUAUUUCCAAUAAGGUAACUGAAUGUUACACUUUAUUUCAGAAAAAAGAAUGCAAAUACAAGUGAAUCAAAGAGUCUCUUUUCAUCUCCUCACUCUGACCUUCCUGUAGAAGAAGAGGACCCAGGUUUGUGUAGCAAGACAGAAGCAUUAGAUCUAAACCUACCACCAACCAAAAAGGCUGCCUCUAACUUCAAACAGCAGCUAUCCAGGAGCUCCUCUCUGCCCUGGGAAGGAAACUCUUGGGAUCGUACUGAGGCAAAAGCCUUUCUCUGAAUCAGUCUUCUGACUGAGGAUGCCACCUUUAUAUUCAUGUUGCUCCCCGGUAAAUUCCUACUCCUAGAGAGAGACUCCUUGCUGUCGUUCGUUGUCACUUCUACCUUGUAACAGUAGCCCUGUGCAUCUCACUGUGCCAGUGGGAUCCCAGCCCAAGCAUUCACCAGAGCCGUGGUCUUCCGUACUUGGCAACGCUGAUUUUGCAAAUGGUCCUUUGAUCAGGCAAAUGUAGCCCUUGGUGCAAUCAGCCACUUAAGUCCAGGUGCGGGAUGAAAGGGGCAGGUAGGAGGAGAGACUGGGAAGGAGGAUGUGGAGGCUCGCUCUUUGCCUCUUGAAAUCCCACUUGAAGUGUAACUUGACCUCUGCAGACCUUGUGCAAAGCAAACGAGCAAAUGCCAUUGAAGACUUAGGACAAUACUCCGACGAGCGGUUUGGAUGUGUGAUAGUUUUACCCUGCAACAUCCGUUUUAUUUUUCUCCUGUUUUCCCUUUUUUGAUUUCCACCUCUGCCUCAAAAAAUUCUUUUCUAUUUUCUCUCUCUCAGAAGAUUUGCUCUGAAGUUAUCCUUGGAGUAGCUGAUCAUAUCCUCCAUGUCAGAGAGGGUUCUUUUUGUUUGUAUUUUAUGACUGUGUUGGGUUUUUUUUUUUUUCAGUUGAACUGCCUCUUCUUGCUAGUGUUGUAAUGGUAAUUAUAAUAAUAAUAAUAAUGGUCAGCUGUUCCCAGAUUAGUAAAUUAUGUAUAAUUUAUUUUAUCCCCCCCCUUUUUAACUUUAUUUUAUUCUGUUCUAAUUUGGCAGUGCAGCAAAUGAAGCUGUUAGGCUAUUUAAAAUGGAUACCCCUCCCCACCUUGCCUUUUUAUAUAUAUAUAAAUAUAUAUAUAUACAUAUGAAAACAAAAUCGCUUCUUCUUCUCACACCAUUCCUCUUUCUUUUAUUUUAAUUUUGGCCCCAGCCAUGUCAACUUCUGAUGUUUAUUAUGAUGGAGUGAAUUAAUGGGAGUGUUGUUUUCAAUCUUAAUUAACUUCUGCUCUCUCAUCACUCAUUUUAGUUAUUUAAUUACACCAGUCAUCUAGAGCCAAUUUUUUUGAAGCACUCUGUUUGGAUAAGAAGGAAAAAAAAAAUAGACAAUUGUUUUUAUAUCAUUAUUAUGUACAAUGUGAAAACAGAUAUUUGCUCCUUUUUUUUUUUUAACUUUUAAAUUUGUUCCCUGUCUUUGUGAACAAAUUACUUCUGACUUUUGUGGGUUCACCUCACAUUUGCUGGAUGCUUGAUUUCCACCACGUUAUAGAGACUCUCUGGUUUAAUCGUGUCACUUUGGGCUACCAGAAUACUUUGUUUUAGCUCCAGGUAGGUGCCACUGCGGCAGGCGUGAUUGGAGCAAGUCUUGGACGCGUGGGCUGGAAAGCUGGCCUUGGGGAAGUCAAUGGGAGAAGGUCCCUUUGACUUCGGCGGGACCCAGUUUCACCCCCGAACUGUGGGAUGCGCUGCAGGAGACGCUCCUGGAGGUAGCCCCCAUCUCUGCGGGCAGGGUCGGUCCCGCGCUGGAGGAGCGCCGGGGCUGCGGGACCGAGCUCCGCUCUCGGCAGUGGAUGGUGCGACAGAGCCCUUCUGCGGGAGCGCUCUGCUUGGCUCGCUGCCUUGGCCUGGACUGGGGCUCAGAUGAACGCUAAUUUUGUUACCGUACACACUUCCGUCUGAGAGACUACGCUAGAGCCUGGGGUUCGGUCAGGCUUUUCGAAUGGGUAGCUUUAGCAGACUAUACACAUCCUGCAUUUGGAUGUUAAAAACGAUGCAGCAAUGUUAAAAAAGGCAAAAAAAAAAAAAAAAAAAAAAAAGGCUCUGGGGUCCCAAACCAGCAAAA